CCUCCUUCCCCCCCAAGCGCGUCAGGGGCUGGCUUCUCCCAACCAGGCUGCCCGGUGGGCUGCUCCGGGCUCCCUUCAAACAAACAAACAAACAAUUGCCCCAGAGCUAGGGCGGGAGGAGGCAGCCGGCCAGGGGGGAAAGGCUGCUCGGCGCUUCCCGGCCCGGGAGAGGCGGCUGAGGAAGAAGAGGAGGGAAAGCAGCUGCAAUCCUCUCGGCUCCCCUUCCCCUGCCUCAGCGCGGCUCUGCUGCUGCUUGGCUUCUGCCGGGCUGAUGGAAGGGGCUGGCUGAAGGGUGACCAUCAUGCUGAGUGUCUCUGGCUAGCAUCCAUGCUGGCUGGCUUAGUGCUGUGAGUCAUAGGCUCUCCCAUGUGUGAGGACAGUGGAUCCUCACUUACGAAAACCCUUCUACAGUUUCAGAAGGGGAGCACGUUGAUGAGGUAAGGAGACGACAUGGUCUUCUUCUGUCGAUGUAGAAAGAUAGCACAGAUGAUUGUCUGAAAAAGCUGUACUACACAGCGCAAGCAUGGCUUUCGCCCAGUCGCAUAUUAUGGCUGCUAGAAGGCAUCAACACAGUAGACUCAUAAUUGAAGUGGAUGAGUACAGCUCAAACCCCACACAGGCGUUCACGUUCUACAACAUUAACCAGGGACGCUUUCAGCCCCCACAUGUGCAAAUGGUGGAUCCUGUGCCCCACGAUGCCCCCAAACCUCCAGGAUAUACCCGAUUUGUCUGUAUUUCUGACACUCACUCAAGAACUGAUCCAAUCCAAAUGCCCUAUGGAGAUGUUUUAAUACAUGCUGGUGACUUCACUGAACUAGGACUUCCUAGUGAAGUUAAAAAAUUCAAUGAAUGGUUAGGCAGCCUACCAUAUGAAUACAAGAUUGUGAUAGCAGGAAAUCAUGAAUUGACCUUUGACCAAGAGUUCAUGGCAGACUUAAUCAAGCAGGACUUUUACUAUUUUCCUUCUGUGUCUAAGCUGAAACCAGAGAGCUAUGAAAAUGUGCAGUCUCUUCUAACAAAUUGCAUCUAUCUUCAAGACUCUGAAGUGACGGUGAGGGGGUUCAGAAUAUAUGGCUCUCCUUGGCAACCUUGGUUUUAUGGCUGGGGCUUUAAUCUUCCACGAGGCCAAGCACUAUUAGAGAAAUGGAACCUUAUUCCAGAUGGAAUAGAUAUUCUUAUAACACAUGGACCACCUCUUGGUUUUCUAGACUGGGUUCCUAAGAAAAUGCAGAGAGUAGGAUGUGUUGAGCUGCUGAACACAGUCCAGAGACGAAUACAGCCACGACUUCAUGUUUUCGGACAUAUCCAUGAAGGCUAUGGGGUAAUGGCUGAUGGAACUACUACCUAUGUGAAUGCAUCAGUGUGCACUGUGAAUUACCAGCCUCUCAAUCCACCUAUAGUUAUUGACUUACCUACUCCAAGGAACACAUGAUUGUUAUAGGAAUUUAAUGAUGUACCCAUCACACAAGCAAGUUUCUAUUGCUGGCUAAGAAACAUGAUAAAGAACUGUUCAAUGAAGAAGCGAAGACCCUUUAUUUUUUUUCUUUUAAUUCUUCACAACCAAAUUUGAGUGAUGAAAAUAAAUGGGAAGCAAAGACAUUUUAGUGCCAGUAUCUGCCAGAAGCCGAUUAAAGACUUUAAAAUUUCAGCAUUAAAAUACUUGUGAAUACACAAAAGUGAAUGCAUUCCACGUAUAUCUCGAGUAGGGAAUUGGUUGGGUUUUUUUUAUAUCUACCAUAUAUUGAACUUAUUAAAAGUCUUUUCAAAGGCUUGUGUCUUAAAGAAUGUGUGAAUGUUUAGACUAGGAUGUGACCAUUUAAAACAUUUUCCAAUGAGUAUUUGGUAAAAUCAAAUCAUGUUGAUAUUUUUGCUGAAUAAUAUGGCAAAUAUGAAAAUAGUAUACACAAGUACUGUAUUGAACUAGUUUAAAAGAAGCCAGUUAUUAUUGCAAAUCCUUCUGAAGUCUGUGCCCUUGCAUGCUUUCAAAGCCAGUGCAGGAGAAGGUCCUAAUUGCUGUUCUGUAAUGCAGUUGCAACACAUCUGGCAUUACAGAUGGAAGGGGAAAUGGUGCAUACUGCCAGUGGGUGCUGAACAGCUGAAUGUUCUAGAAGGGAGAUGGUAUUAAAUGAGUACAAACUCAGGCAUUUGUAAGCUGUGAAAAAUGUCAUAUCCCUUUUU